GACGGAACACUUUCUUUGGCAAGAUGGCGGCGGGGAGCAGCGGUGGCGGCGGCGGGGACCGCUCGAAAAGCGAGGCCGAUUCCGGCUUUCUGGGGCUUCGGCCCACUUCGGUGGACCCGGCGCUGAGGCGGCGACGGCGGGGCCCAAGAAAUAAGAAGCGGGGCUGGCGGCGCCUCGCUCAGGAGCCGCUGGGGCUGGAGGUGGAUCAGUACUUGGAGGACGUGCGGCUGCAGGAGCGCACGAGCGGUGGCUUGGUAUCAGAGGCCCCGAAUGACAAACUCUUCUUCGUGGACACAGGCUCCAAGAAAAAAGGGCUGAACAAGAAGAGGACCAAAGGCCGGAAGAGGUCACUGCUUCUCAAGAAACCCCUUCGGGUUGACCUCAUCCUAGAAAAUACAUCCAAAAUCCCUGUCCCCAAAGACGUCCUCGCCCACCAGGUCCCCAAUGCCAAGAAGCUCAGGCGGAAGAAGCAGCUAUGGGAGAGGUUGGCAAAGCAGGGCGAGCUGCCCCGGGAGGUGCGCCGGGCACAGGUCCGGCUCCUCAACCCUCCCCCACCCAAAGCCAAGCCUACACCCCAGGACACCAUCGAGCGGCCCUUCUAUGACCUCUGGGCCAAAGACAACCCUCUGGACCGGCCCUUGGCUGGCCAGGACAGCUUUUUCCUGGAGCAGACCAAGAAGAAGGGCGUGAAGCGGCCACUGCAUCUCCACACUAAGCCCUCCCAGGUGCCAGCCGUGGAGGUGACACCCGCUGGAGCCUCCUACAAUCCGUCCUUUGAGGACCACCAGACCCUGCUCCGCGCAGCCCACGAGGUGGAGCUGCAGAGGCAGAAGGAGGCCGGGAGGCUGGAGCGGCAGCUGGCCCUGCCUCCGGUGGAGCAAGCCGCCACCCAGGAGUCUGCCUUCCGGGAGCAGUGCCAGGGGCUGCUGGAGGAGUCCGAUGUGGAGGAGGAGCCGGGCGAGGGCCAGGACGAGGGGCUCGAGGCUGGGGGAGCCGAGGCUUCUCCCACGCCUGUGCGCCUGGCCACCGUGGAGAAGAAGACGGAGCAGCAGCGACGGCGGGAAAAGGCCGCCAGGACGCUGCGGGUACAGCAGGCUGCAGUGCGGGCCGCCCGGCUCCAGCACCAGGAGCUCUUCAGGCUGCGAGGGAUCAAGGCCCAGGUGGCGCAGCGGCUGACAGAGCUGGCACAGCGGCGAGAGCGGCGGCAGGCGCGGCGGCUGGCCGAGGCAGACAAGCCCCGCAGGCUGGGGCGGCUCAAGUAUCAGGCCCCCGACAUUGACGUGCAGCUGAGCUCGGAGCUGUCCGACUCACUCAGGACCCUGAAGCCUGAAGGCAACAUCCUUCGAGACCGUUUCAAGAGCUUCCAGAGGAGAAAUAUGAUUGAGCCUCGGGAGAGAGCCAAAUUCAAGCGCAAGUACAAAGUGAAGCUUGUGGAGAAGCGGGUCUUCCGUGAGAUCCAGUUAUAGCCACUGUGGGACAGCGGAAUCCCCAGCCUUCAAUAAAGCACCUUUUAACCAACA